UUUUAGUGACACUAACUUCACUCAUGUCAACAUAACCUAUAUUUGUCUUAAAGCGGGAAAAAGGUGAAACGUCUAGUACUAGGUUUGUGUUCCAUUUCUUGAAAUAAUUUCGUUGUAAAAAUGGCCACAAAACGCAAUCUUCCACCCCCAAAUUCAGCACGAAAGAGAUUCAAAAACGAUAAACUUUUUCGCCCUCCAGUAGGUGAUUUAAAUCCUACUACAGAUGCACUAAUUUUUCAAGAAUUGGAGUUGGAUCAUUAUAUAUCAGUCCCCUAUCCUGGCAUGCCGGGUGCUCAAACGGGUACAGUACCUGUGGUUCGAAUGUUUGGUAUCACAAAAGUGGGCAAUAGUGUGUGUUGUCAUAUUCAUGGGUUUUCUCCAUACUUUUACAUUAAUCUACCAAACGAUUUUUCACAAACAGAUUUGUGUCUCUUUAAGGAAAAAUUAAAUGAAGCUGUGGUAAGUGAUAUGCGGUCAAAUAGAGACAACAUAACGGAAGCAGUUUUAAUGGUGGAAUUGGUCAGGGGAAAAUCCCUAGUUGAAUAUCAAGGAGAGGAAGAUUGCAAUUUUGCUAAAAUAACACUAGCGUUGCCAAAAUUUAUAGCUGCAUCCAAGCGUCUUUUAAGCACUACAGUCGUCUAUCAGCCGCUUGCCCAUUACACGUUUCAUUUCUUUGAAGCAAAUGUGGAUAUUGAAACGCGUUUCAUGGUUGAUACAAAUAUUCUGGGUUGUUGCUGGAUUGAGUUACCCGCUGGCAAAUGGUUCAGACGACCGGAUAAUAGUUAUUCUAUAACUUCACGUUGCCAAAUAGAGGUGGAUGUCUCAUGGACUGACUUUAUUUCCCAUUCUCCAGAGGGUGAAUGGUCACCUGUGGCUCGUUUUCGUAUUCACAGUUUCGACAUUGAAUGUGCUGGAAGAAAAGGCAUCUUUCCGGAGCCAAACGUCGAUCCUAUCAUUCAAAUUGCAAAUGUGAUCAAGUUACACGGUGAUGAAGAUGUAGUUACUCGAAAUAUUUUUACUUUAAAAAGUUGCGCACCAAUAGGACAUGCUGAGGUUCGUAGUUUUGAUAGUGAGGAACAAAUGUUGGAAGAAUGGGCCGAAUUUGUAAGAGAAACAGAUCCAGACAUAUUUACCGGCUACAAUAUAAAUAAUUUUGACUUCCCGUACCUUAUCGAACGUGCAAAUCACUUAAAAUUAAAACGUUUCGAUUAUUUGGGACGCAUUCUCGACAUUAGGUCUUCUAUAAAAGAAACAGUUACUCAAACAAAAAUCGGUAAAAGAACUUUCAAGACGAUUAAUUUUGAAGGACGUGUACCAUAUGAUAUGUUUAUGGUUAUCAAACGAGAUUUUAAGCUUCGAUCAUAUACCUUAAACAGCGUCUGUCAAGAAAUAUUAGGAGAGCAAAAAGAAGAUGUGCAUUAUAGCGUCAUUACGGAUUUACAGAACGGCGACGAACAAACCAGAAGAAGACUUGCAGUUUAUUGCUUAAAAGAUGCAGAUUUACCGGUUAGAUUACUCAGUACCGUUAGAAGUUUUACCAAUGAUGUUGAAAUGGCUAGGGUUACCGGUGUGCCUAUAACUAGCCUCUUAACAAAAGGCGAACAAGUUAAAGUGGUGGCCCAAUUACUGAAACAUGCUCGAGCUGCUGGAUAUUUCAUGCCAACUCACCAGGGAGCACCCUCUUCGGAACAAUACGAAGGAGCUACAGUUAUCGAGCCUAGACGAGGUUACUACACCGAUCCCAUAGCCACUCUUGAUUUCAGUUCUCUAUAUCCUAGUAUUAUGAUAGCACAUAACUUGUGUUACACGACUUUGAUUAAGCCAAGUGUUAAAGAAAAGCUCGGGUUAGUCAUUAAUAUCGUUAAGUAUAUUUUUAAUCUAUCUAAAUAUUUUAGUUUAAAUGACGAGCAAGUUACAUCCACUCCAGCUAAUUGUAUGUUCGUAAAAUCAUCGGUUAGACCUGGUUUGUUACCACACAUCUUGCAACAUCUUCUUGCGGCACGUAAAAAAACUAAGGCUGAAUUGAAAGAAGCAACUGAUCCGGUUGUAAGAGCUGUUUUGGACGGUCGACAAUUGGCUUAUAAAAUUUCAGCUAAUUCGGUUUAUGGUUUCACGGGAGCUCAAGUUGGGAAACUGCCUUGUUUGGAGAUUUCAAGUAGCGUUACAGCUUAUGGACGGACGAUGAUUGAACAAACCAAACAAGAAGUAGAACAGCAUUAUCGCACAGUGAAUAAUUACGAAUCCGAUGCUGUGGUUAUUUAUGGUGAUACUGACUCGGUUAUGGUUAAUUUCAAAGUAAAAUCAUUAGAAAGAAGUAUGGAAUUGGGAAGGGAAGCAGCUGAAUUGAUAAGCGCCAAGUUUAUAAAACCCAUCAAGCUUGAAUUUGAAAAGGUUUACUAUCCCUACUUAUUGAUCAAUAAAAAGCGUUAUGCUGGAUUGUAUUUUACGAAACCGGAUAAAUACGAUAAAAUGGAUUGUAAGGGCAUUGAGACUGUGCGAAGGGAUAAUUGUACAUUGGUGGUUGAUGUAAUAAAUUCAUGUCUUCGAAAACUCCUUAUUGAUAAAGAUCCAGACGGUGCUGUUAAUUACGCUAAAAAAGUUAUCUCGGAUUUGUUACAAAAUAAUGUGGAUAUUUCUAAAUUGGUGAUCACAAAAGAACUUACGAAAAAUGAUUAUGCUGCCAAACAGGCGCAUGUUGAAUUGUCGAAAAAAAUGACAAAAAGAGACCCUGGAAAUGCUCCUAAAUUAGGAGAUCGAAUACCCUACGUUAUAAUUGCAGGAACGAAAAAUUCUAAAGCAUUUGAAAAAGCAGAGGAUCCUAUAUAUGUUCUAGAGAACAAUAUUCCGAUUGACUCUCAGUAUUAUUUGCAAAAUCAGUUGUCUAAACCUCUGAUUAGGAUUUUCCAACCCAUUUUGGGAGACAGUGCCGAGUCAAUCUUACUACGAGGUGAACAUACGCGAACAAAAACUAUGGUAACUUCUAGAGUCGGUGCUUUAUCAGCGUUUACUAAAAAAAAAGAGACGUGUCUGGGAUGUCGUUCAGUCUUACCAGCUGGUUAUGAAGCAGAAGCGGUCUGUAGUCACUGUAAACCAAAAGAAGCUACGCUGUAUCAACAAGAAUUGGGACAUCAUAGGAUGUUAGAAAAUCGAUUUUCUGAACUUUUUACGGAGUGUCAAAGAUGUCAAGGAUCUUUGCAUGAAGAGAUUUUAUGCACAAGUCGAGAUUGUCCAAUUUUUUAUAUACGAAAAAAAGUUCAAAUGGAAUUGGAUGCAAGUAAAAUUAAAAUUUCUAGAUUUGGCGAUCCUGUUAUGGAAGAAUGGUGAUUUAUUUUUACGUGCUUUUUUUUGUAUUAUCUAUAAUGUUUGUCACUACUUACGUUAAACUGCUUUUACCAUAAAAACAAUUUCAAAUA